AUGCCCCCUGCUCUUAGUGACGAGGAAUCCUCCGACGUUGGGGAGUUCACCACGCCUCCUCGCGCGAGCAGCCGCAAGAAGUCCACCUCGGCUGCUGCGGUCGAUGAGCUCGACGAUAUGAAAGCGGGACCGGCUUCCGACGAGGAGGAAGGCGAUGAAGAUGAAGACUUGGAAGAGGAUGAGUUUGUUGUGGAAGCUAUCAAAAAGCACAUGGUCUACGACGACGGAAGUCUACAAUUCCAAGUCAAGUGGGAAGGCUACGAGGCCAAGAAAGACUUAACAUGGGAGCCUGAGGAGAAUCUUAAAGAGUCCGCCCAGGAGAUCCUCGACGCCUACUUCGAAAAAUACGGCGGACGCGAGAAACUAUUUGAAGAGCAUGAGACAGCAUCAAAAACGAAGAAGCGCCGCCGCGCCACCACCAAUGGUACCCCCAGCACAACGUCUACGGCCAAGCGAUCACGACGUGAGCACCCGGCCAACUCUGCCACUCCGGCGACAGCGAAGAGUUGGAGUCCUCCAGCAGGGUCCUGGGAGGAGGAGAUCGAGACCAUUGAUGCAUGCGAGGAUGAAGGCAGUGGCAAGUUGAUCGUUUAUCUUAUUUGGAAGAACGGCCGCAAGACCAAGCACGACACCGACGUUAUUUACAAGAAAUGCCCACAAAAGAUGCUCCGCUUCUACGAGCGCCAUGUCAAGAUCAUUAGAGAUGAGAACAAGGCUCUUGUCGAUGGCGCAGAGAACUAG